ACUACGUACCCCACCAAGCGAAUAGUAUAUAAGAAGGGUACCUCCGUGGACAGUAUUAGACCAACCAACAUGAGGUGCACAGCUCUGAUCCUGCUAGCGCUCCUGGGCGCAGCCCGGGCACAGUCCUACUACGAGGUGACCGGCGAUUGGGGGGACCGGUUCCAGGCCAACGUCUACAUCCCAGUCUCCCAGGCCGUCAACGGGUGGACGGCCACGCUCAAGUUCGACAAGGCAGUGGAAUUGGAGAUCUGGCUGGCCGAAGUGACGUCCACCAGCGAUGGCAACACGGUGUUCGAGCUGAAGGACAUGGGUUGGAACGCUAACGUGCCCGCGGGAACGUUCGAGCUGUCCUUCAUCGCUAACACACAAGGGUCAGCCGCCAACCUGGUCGGGCUGUGGUUCAACGGGCAGGAGGUCACCUCGGGUGGCACAGGUACAGGCACAGGCACAGGUACGGGAACAACCCACCGGCCCUCGACGGUCAGCACUAGCCACACCCACGCCACCGCGCCCACCGCCGCCCAGUCUGGGACAACUUUGGGCGUGGUUCCGCCUGUUGUCGGUGCGUACGACUAUGUGGACGCCCUGGCCAAGUCCAUCCUGUUCUACGAGGCGCAGCGCGCGGGAAACCUGCCCGGCAAUAACCGCGUCCCCUGGCGCCGGUCCUGCUGCCAGGGAGACGGGCAGGACGUGGGGCUAGAUCUGUCCGGGGGCUGGUUCGACGCCGGUGACCACUUGAAGCUGCAUUUCCCCCUGUCCUACACCAUCACCGUGCUGUCCUGGGGAAUGAUUGAGUUCAAGCGAGCCUACGAGGCUGCCGGGGAGAUGGCCAACGCGCUGGACUCCAUCAAAUGGGUCACGGACUACCUCAUCAAGUGUCAUCCCAGCAAGUUCGAGUUUGUUGCUCAGGUCGGCGACACGGGCGCGGACCACGCUGUGUGGUGCAAGCCCCAGGCCAUGACCAUGUACCGCCCCGGCGGGGACACCGGGGCGGAACACGCUGUGUGGUGCCAGCCCCAGGCCAUGACCAUGUACCGCCCCGCCAAAAAGGUCACCGCCCACCAGCCCGGGUCAAAAGUCACGGCCGAAACCCCCCCUGCCAUGGGUGCUGCCUCCAUCGUCUUCGGGGAAAACGGAGACUCCGGGUAUGCGGACACCCUACUGCAGCACGCACGGGACCUGUACGAGUUUGCCGACACCUACAGGGGAGACUAUCAGAACGUCAUCCACGAUACGCCAUACCCCUCAUUCGGUGGCAUGAAUGACGAGCUGACCUGGGGCGCGGCUUGGCUGUACAGGGCCACGGGAGAGGCGGGUUACCUCACCAAGGCCGAGCAGUACUAUGACGAGUACGGCAUCAGCGGCGGCGGCUUCAGCUGGGACGAGAAGCAGUCAGGGGCAAUGCUGGUCCUGUACAAGGCGACAAACAAGGAGAAGUACAAGAACGACAUCGUGACGUACAUGAGCAGGAAGAUGCCUGGCGGCGGCGACACCUACACACCUAAGGGCAUGCUGUGGCUGAACGAGUGGGGCUCCUGCAGGCACUCGGCUAACCACGCGUUCCUGGCCCUGGUGGCGGCCAGUAUGGGCAUCAACACCGGUCAGUACCGGGAGUUCGCCGCCAACCAGAUCCACUACAUGUUGGGCGACUCCGGCCGCAGUCUGGUGGUGGGCUACGGGCACAACCACCCGGUCAGGCCACACCACCGCGCAUCUACCUGCCCCAUAGACGGCUGGUGCGAUUGGAACACCUACAACAACUGGGACUUCAAUGAGAACGUGCUUUACGGGGCUCUGGUGGGGGGACCCGACGCACACGAUAACUACGUGGACGACAGGAGCAACUUCCACACCAACGAGGUGGCGGUGGACUACAACGCCGGCUUCCAGGGCUGUCUGGCAGGACUGAUUCAGCUGACCCUCUGAUCCCGGGAAGAGGAUACAAGCUGAAGAAAUCAGUUAAGUUUUUGGAAUGAAGACCACCAAGGAAGCCUCUUUCUUCUCACUAAAUGCAAUGUGAUUCUUAGUCUCGUUAGUUCGAAAUAAAUUGAAACUUUACAUGGU